CUCCACUGCCGCUCACAAUCACACUGUUGCCUCCCUGGUGCACUAACUUUGGAUAACGUUCCACCAUGUGUAAAGGACUUGCAGCACUUCCUACUGCAUGCUUGAAAAGUGCCAAAGACAUCAAACAUAAACAGGUUUUUUUGAGGUUCUUGAUCCAGAAGCGUGAUCCCCAAGCAGCAGACAAGAAGCUCAUAAAAGAGAAGACUGAGACUGCUGCUGCAGCAAAGAGCAUCCCUACUCCAGCCGAGGUGAAGCAGUGGAAGAAGUCUUUCAACCACGUGAUCAGCAGUAAAACGGGUCGUACGGUCUUCACCAACUUCCUGAGGUCAGAGUUCAGCGAGGAGAACAUGGAGUUCUGGGUCGCCUGCGAAGACUACAAGAAGUCUGAACCCUCCAAGCUGGCGAGCCGAGCCCAGCAGCUCUACCAGCAACACGUUGAGGCAGAUGCUCCCAGUGAGGUGAACUUAGACGCGGCGACCAGAGAGGAAACGAGGCGUAACCUGGAGAACGCCUGCCCCACUUGCUUCAACGGCGCUCAGAAGAUGAUUUACACCUUGAUGGAGAGAGACUCCUACAGGCGCUUCCUCACCACCAAACUGAUUCAGGAUCUGUGUCGAACACAGACUAGCAGGCGAGACUGAGGAGCAGAAGGAGAACAACAAACUGUGACGUUAACAGGCUGCUCUUCAACGGGCCAAAGACCUUUACCGGUAUUAGUGAACACUGGAAAAGAUCGGUUCGCUUUUGUGUUUAGUGUUUAUAGAAAAGAAGAAAAGAAACUGGUUUAAAAGGGUGACUUCAAGAGUUAAAACUUUUUCUGUAAGUAGUAAGUGUCCAAAAAAACGAUGUUCCCAUACAACGGAAUUGUAUUGUGAAAUUACAUUUCGAAACAUAUUUUGUCGUGCAUUACCUUUUGAUGUUUCCCAAAUGAGAUGGGGAGGUCCGGAUGGUGGAUGGGUCAAAAACAUUAACCCAGAAGACUGCAGUCCUUUGUGAUCUAAAUAACUUUGUUGUAGAUGUGUUUCCUAAACAUAUCCAGGCAGUUUUAUUGCGUAAAUCUUUUGUUUGGAUUUGUUACAAAUUCAUACAUAUUUUGACCCAAACUAUAAUGUCUUUUUUUUAACGUUUUUUGGUUUUGCUUUCAAUUUACAACGUACGUUUAUCACAUGAUUCAAACCGUUUAAAAACUGUGAAACGUAAUCGUCGGGGCAGUUUAGUUGUACGGGAGCAUCCAUUUUGCAAGAGACAGGGGUCGCCACCCCUUUCACCAUCAGCUGUCAAGUGUUUUUACAAAUCUCAAAACUUAGAUAACGUGCGAUAUUAUUACAGAUAAUGUGUUUGCUAAUAGUUUCACUGCAACACACAACCUGCUCACAAGUUAUGGCCAGGCUGGGCUGAUACUCAAUACAGUUUUAAAAUACUGAUAGGUUAGUCAUCUUGACUUUUAUAACGCUUGUGAUUUAUCAUAUUAAUGAUCAGUAGCCCAGUUUACUACAUUAAAUGAACCAUGAUGUAUUCAUUGAGCGGUGAGGUUUGGCUGAACAGAGGCUCUCAGGUUUUACUUAUUGAUAUAAAGGAUGGAGCUGUGUAUCCUAAAGUGUAACCAUAGUAACAUCUGGCUGUGUCUUACAAACCUUUUGACAAGAUCCCUGCAAUGUGCAAAUGUUGGCUUUGACCACUUCUUGUGGGAAUUUUAAGCGCACUUUAAUAUUGCUCUAAUGAUUUUCUGUUGUCAUGUCAUCUACAAAACUGUGCGACAUUCAAUCGUUUUUUUAAGAGUUAAGAGAGUAAGUUAAGAGUAAGUCACAUUUUUCAGAUGUUUUUGACUGUAAUUUGUUUAAUGUGCUAAAUAGUAUGUUUACUUCAAUUGAAAA